AUGACAACAAAAGCGCCUGUAGGUCAUGGAGCGCGAUGGGCGACGGCCUUCGGGCUCCAAGGAGACGUUCGAACUGCGCAACGAGAGCGCUACGAGCGACUGAAGCAGCACAUGGUAUUCCAGAUCGACGACGCGAUGGGGACCACCGAUCUUUCGGCUGCUGCUACAGACGUCGACACCGCUUCAAAUAGUUGCAGUCAGUACUUGGAUGACGAGACGCUGCUGGAGGACAUUCAGAAGGACUUGGACCGGUUGUACCCGUCUGGAAAUGAGCGCUUUUUCCAGAACGAGCUGUUCAUGAGUGUGCUGCGUCACGUGCUGUUUGUCUGGUGUCGACUGCAUCCCGACGUGGCGUAUCGUCAAGGGAUGCAUGACGUGGUGGCUGUAGUGCUUUAUGCCCUGGUGCAACCUGAUGAUGAGACAAGUUCGACCAGGCAGGAGAUGAAGGCAGAGCUGCCGGACCAUACCGAAGCUGACACGUUCCUGCUCUUUGAAGCCGUGAUGCUGUUCGUCAAGCCGUUCUUUGAAGUUGUCAAGACAAAUCACGAAACGGUCGGCCGCGGGGGUACAACCUACGGACGGAAACUAUUUGCUAGCUUUUCACUGAGGAAGAAUGAUGGUGGAAUGGGUUCGAGCACAGCGCAGGUAUCGGCAAAUGCAGCUGGAAAGCAUGAACGGCCAGUGUUGCACCGAUUGUGCCAUCACAUUCAGUACGAGCUCCUGCAACAGAAAGAUCCGCAGUUGUAUUACCACUUGAAGAACUUGGAUAUCGUCCCCGAGACAUAUUGUUUGCGAUGGAUUCGCUUGCUUUUUGCUCGAGAGUAUGCGCUGGAAGAACUUGUGUACAUCUGGGACGCUUUGAUCUUGGACAAGAAACGAGCGGCGAUUGCGAUUAAAUUCCCGGUGAUUAACAUGACCAACAAGUCGGAUUCCGAUCUAUUGCAGCUGCCUCGUCUGGUUGUAGAGAGCGAGGAGACAAUGUGGACCGGUUUCCCGCUGCUACGCUAUAUUUGCGUGGCAAGAUUACUACAAAUGUCGACGCAACUACGCCAGUCCGAUAAUACUGACUGUUUGCGUCUCCUUAUGCGUGCGUAUCAAGAUGAAGAUGCUGACAGCAGUGACUUGGAGCGACGUAACCGUGCUGCAGCACUCACGCGAUUUGCCGAGAUAUUGCAACACCCGAUGGCUGAAGAAACUGCAUUUGGCGUCGACGCUGAUGCGACGGACGCAACUUUUGCAGCUGGAUCCAAUGUCGUAAAAGUCGUUCUGUUUCAAGAAGGUUUGUUAGGCCUCGUCCUGACAGCGGCAGGUGCUCCGUAUGAGAAGCGUCUGGCAGUGAAAGCUUUCAUGAGGGAUCCGACCGCGAGCAAUGGGGUGGGACAAGCCGAAGCUAGUCGGAAAGUCCGCCCUGGCGACCUCCUCCAGUCGAUUAAUGGCGUGCCAAUUGUAGGAGUGACGGCGGACGAAGUAAAACGCCAUCUUCAGCUCAUUGAUCGUCCAUUUUACAUCGCCUUCCGUGUUUGCACUGAUGCCUUCAGCGAAGGUGUUAUCGGCACUAUGUCGGAGAAUUCUAAUGCCACAAGCUCUUCGCCAGUGUCGGGCAGUGCACUGUCCGAUGUGGAACAGCCUGCGUUCUUACCUGGUGAACUGUGCUACGCUAACGCCGACGCAAGUAUGCAACGUCUCGUGCCGUCUCACAGUGGAUCAUGUCAAUCACACUACAUCAGCGGGAAGCUGUUUAUCACCAACUACCGCUGCUUAUUCACGCGCCUGCUUGGUCAUGGGGAAAUUGAUUGGCAAAUUCCUGUGCUUUCGAUCGUCUCAGUUGAUCGCAUUCACUCUGGAGCAAGUUCAAUUGCGGCCUCUACUAGCAGUCUUUUAGUGGAAAAUGCCCAAGUUGCUCUCGGUUUCACCCCCGAUGUGUCAUUCAAAGUUGUAAUCCGGUGCAAGGAUACUCAGGUGGCGCGAUUAGCCAUCGCAGAUCGAGGCGAAUAUAGCACGCUUGUCAAGUGUCUGAGCUUCCUGGCUUUUCCAAAGAGCUUGUUAGAUGCUUUUUGCUUCGCAUAUUCUCCGACUGUAGCGCCUUCCGAGGAAGCUCCAUUUGAUAUCCGCCAGGAGUAUAAGCGUAUCGGACUGCUAUCAAUUCCAGAUCAUCUACGCUGUAUCGACCAGUCUUCAGGAUACACACUUUGUAGCACGUACCCGCGGUACAUUAUCGUGCCUGCUGGCAUCGCGGAUGUUCGUUUAAAGGCAGCAGCUGCAUUCCGAUCACACAAGCGGUUGCCGGUGGUAAGCUGGAUCCACCGCAGCAACGGGGCCACAAUCGUUCGUUCAAGCCAACCUCUUGUGGGCUUGAAAUCUGCGCGCAGUGAUGAAGAUGAGCUUCUUGUUUGUUUGUUGUGCUGCUCGAGCAACAAGCAGGCGCAUGGACGGUAUAUGAUCAUGGACGCGCGCAGUCAACUGGCUGCUGUAGGCAACAAGGCGCUUGGUAAAGGCACAGAAAUCUCGAGCAACUACCCUGGCGCGAAACUUAUCUUCAUGAACAUUGACAACAUUCACUCAGUCCGGCAAUCUCAAGCCGCACUUGCAACAGUCUUCGAGACAAAGAAAAGUGCCAACGACGACACAUCCAGCAGCUUCUACGGACGGAUUGACGCUUCCGGUUGGCUACGUCAUGUCCGCCUUGUCCUGAAGGCAUCGGUUGAUCUGGCACAAACAGUGCAAAAUGGCACAUCCGUGCUGACACACUGUAGCGAUGGAUGGGACCGCACGGCACAGAUGGUAGCAUUGGCGGAGUUGAUGCUUGAUCCCUACUACCGCACGCUCCGUGGCUUACAGGUGCUUGUAGAGAAGGAAUGGUGUGCCUUUGGGCAUCAGUUUGCCUUGAGGAGCGGCCACGCUCGCAGUGACGUAUCCAAUGACCAGCGUUCGCCCGUGUUUCUGCUCUGGUUAGACUGUGUGUGGCAAUAUCUUCGCCAGUAUCAAACAGAGUGCGAGUUCAACGAGAGCUUCCUGCUCGCUCUUGCUGACCACGUCUAUUCGUGCAAGUUUGGCACGUUCAUGUUUGACUGCGAACAGCACCGAACGGACUUUUUCGCCAAGCACCGGGCAUUUUCAAUCUGGAGCGAGAUCAACAGCCACAGCGACCGCUUCACGAAUCCCAUGUACGCGCCGAGCGAACAAGUGACGUUGUUGCCGCCUAGUACACUUUCCAAGAACAUCAAACUCUGGAAGGGCUACUUCUGUCGCUGGGACUCGACCCUCAUCCCUCCCGUCCCGUCUUUUCAGUCGUACUGA